CCCCUGCAAACGUCCUUGCAUAAAGUCCACUAGUAGCAGCAGCAGCAGAUAUCCCCUCCGCUGCAGCAAGAAGAAACAUCAGGUGUCCAUCAUGAACAGAGUUUUAAACAAAUCAUCUUUGAGGAACCUGACUGGCCUCAUCCAGAGGUUUCAGAGCACCUUGGUCGUCGCAGAGCACAACAAUGACAAGCUGACCCCCAUUACUCUUAAUGCCAUCACUGCUGCUGGUAAACUGGGGGGAGACGUGUCGUGUCUGGUUGCUGGAACGAACUGUGCAAAGGUUGUGGAGGAAAUAAGCAAAGUACAGGGCGUAAAGAAGAUUCUGGUGGCUCAACACGAGUCUUACAAAGGCGCUUUGCCAGAGGAGUUGACGCCCCUUAUCCUGGAAACACAGAAGCAGUUCAGCUUUACUCAUAUCUGUGCCGGUGCCUCUGCUUUUGGAAAGAAUCUGCUUCCCAGAGUCGCUGCCAAGUUGGAUGUUGCCCCAGUUUCAGAUAUUAUUGAGAUCAAAGCUCCAGAUACUUUUGUUAGGACUAUUUAUGCAGGAAACGCCCUCAGCACCGUGAAAUGUAACGAGCCAGUCAAGGUCUUCACCGUCAGAGGGACGGCGUUUGAAGCAGCUUCGGUGGAGGGAGGAAGUGCUACGUCAGAAGAAGUGGCCCCUGCUCCUCCUGCCGGAGUUUCGGAGUGGCUCGAACAAAACCUGACGAAGAGCGACCGUCCAGAGCUGACGAGCGCAAAGGUUGUGGUGUCGGGAGGAAGAGGCCUGAAGAGCGGAGACAACUUCAAGCUGCUUUACGACCUCGCUGACAAAUUGAACGCUGCUGUCGGUGCUUCCAGAGCUGCAGUGGACGCUGGCUUUGUCCCCAAUGACAUGCAGGUUGGACAGACUGGCAAGAUCGUAGCACCGGAGCUGUACAUUGCAGUUGGAAUCUCUGGAGCUAUCCAACACCUGGCUGGCAUGAAAGACAGCAAGACUAUUGUGGCCAUCAACAAGGACCCCGAAGCUCCCAUCUUCCAGGUAGCUGACUACGGGCUUGUGGCGGAUCUUUUUAAGGCUGUUCCUGAGAUGACAGAAGCACUGAGCAAGUGAAGGGAAACAAUCGGAGCUUCAUGGUACAGAAGGAAUAAACGAGAGCGACCACAGAAAGACAGUCUCUGCCUUAACAAGCUGUUGAAGCUGUAUGUUGAUGUGAUACAAAAUCCCACCAUCCUUCAAUCCCAGUUUUUCUGUAGACUGCAGAUGGGUGAUGAAUAACCUGUACUUGCAUUUUCCCUGUCUGUAGAACAUGUAAUUUGUAUUAAGAGCUGGAAAAGUAAGUAUAUCUUUUGGGAUGCCUGACUUUUACAUGUAACAUGUACAGUAAGCUAUGCUUUUGAAAAGCAGCGUAUUAAACACUUGGCUCAACCUUU